AUCUAGCUCUACAUACAAAGUCUACUCUUCAGUCCCUUGAGUUUUCUACACAGCCAUGGGAGAUAAACUUGUAUUCUUAGCUGUGGUAGCAAUCUGUUCUACUGUUAGUUGCAUGCCUGGCCAUGGCCCUGGCAAACCAAAGCCUCCACCUCCUACUAGUGGAUAUGAGAAGUACAGGAAUCAAACCAAUGAGGAGAACGCAAAUCGGGAGGUCAAUUUUCGUCUCAUUGAGGUGGACAUUUUGCUGACUUCGAAUCAACAAGCUCUGUUAGAAGCCACGGCCAAUCAGAAUGACCCCUUCUCUCCGCUCAAUGCUGUUGUUAAUAGGGAAGAGUUCCUCUGGAAAAAUAGCCGUGUUCCAUACACCAUUGAUAGUGAAAUGAGCUCGUCUGCUGUGAAUGCAAUAAGAAGUGCUAUGGAUACCUAUGAAAGUCAGACAUGCAUCUCUUUCAUUGAGCGUACAAAUGAGGAAGACUAUGUUCGCUUUUUUUCUGGCCAAGGUUGCUACUCCUACAUUGGUCGUAUUGGUGGUGAACAAGAUAUUUCCAUUGGCAGAGGCUGUGAAUACUCUGGAAUUGUGAUGCAUGAGAUCUUCCAUUGUUUGGGAAGGUGGCACGAACAGAGCAGACCAGACAGAGAUUCCUUCAUCACCAUUAACGACAACAGCAUUCGUUCAGGUUUCGAAAAUAAUUUUGAAAAGGUCAGCUCAUCUUAUGCAACUACACAAGGUGUUCCCUAUGACUACGGCUCAGUUAUGCACUAUGGUGCCUAUGCAUUCACCAAUGAUGGACAGCCUACCAUUGUGCCAGUCAGAACAUCAGGAGUUGAGCUUAAUGACCUAGGACAGAGAGAUGGAAUGUCAGCAUAUGAUUUGCAACAUGCCAGAGCUUUGUACUGCUCAGAUGAGGUGACUGCAUCCUCUCAAUGGAGCAACUGGGGUUCAUGGUCCUCUUGCAGUAGGGCGUGCAAUGGAGGAACCAGGAGUAGAACGAGGACUUGUGUUGGAGGGUUCACUUGUCCUGGCAAUAAUAUUGACACAGAGAACUGCAAUACUCAGAGUUGCAAACAAGAGGCCACGUGGAGCAGUUGGAGUGAGUGGAGUGGUUGCAGUGCCAGCUGUGGGACCGGAAGACAAGAAAGACAGAGACAAUGUGUGAACGGCAACGCAUGCAGUGGACGCUUAAAGCAGUUUCGAGAUUGCAACUCUCAAGACUGUCCUGAAGUGUCUGAGUGGGGAUCCUGGAGUGGUUGGAGCUCUUGUAGCCAGACAUGUCAGGGUGGAAGACGGUACAGAAGGAGAAGAUGUAUCAAUGGUAACAACUGUGUUGGAAUCAAUGUGGAAACCAACUACUGUAACUCUGACGUCUCUUGCACAACUAUUACUGUUGAGGUUGGAGAGUGGUCAGAAUGGAGUGAUUGUACGGCUGAGUGUGGCGGGGGGACUCGGUUCAGAUCUCGACAGUGCUCAGGGGAUUCCCAAUGUGUUUCCGCACAGAAUGAAGAUUGUAACACAGAGGACUGCAACCCAGAACCAGAGCUAAGAGGGGUUCAGCAUGCUGGGUGCUACUACCUGCCUGCGUACAGUAACAGUCUCUAUUUUCUGGAAGGAGAGACGGAAGACUUGUCAGACUCACCAACAUCUAGAGACGAGCCUGUGAGGAAAUGUGGCUCAGCUGCUCAAUUGCUUGGAUAUCAGUUCUUUGCUGUCACUGUGGGAUACUGUAUAUCCGGAUCUAGUAGUAAAGCUGAAUACACAAUAUUCCCAGCUAAUACAGAUCUUUGCCAAGGUGGUAUAGGUGGGCAAUAUGCUGGCUAUUUUCUCAUGGAUCUCUAUGAGAUUGCUGAUGUGAGAAGCUUCUCAGAAUCUGUCGUGAGCAUUGUAGGAACGGAAGCUACAACAAGUAGUGCAGCUAGGCAUGCCAGUUGUGUUCACCUGUUGCUUUUGCUCAUUAGCAUUGUGGCAAUUUACUUAUAACUAGAUCUGUUAUAUAUAGAGAACUGUUUAUUAUUUAGUUUUGUAUUGUUUGUACAUAUCACAUCAUGUUUUUGCGAAUGA